AUGAGCGCAGCAGCAACACAACGUCUUCAGGCCAAGCGGCAGACUUUAGAUGAGGCUUAUGCACCUCCAGCAAAUUUUCUCGAGAUUGAAGUUGUAAAUCCUAUAACCCAUGGAGUUGGUAAGAAUCGCUACACCGACUACGAAGUUCGUUUACGCACUAAUUUACCUGUUUUCAAACAUAAGGAAUCGAGUGUUAGGCGCCGUUAUUCCGAUUUUGAAUGGUUGAGGAAUGAACUUGAACGUGAUAGCAAGAUUAUUGUUCCUCUUUUGCCAGGUAAAGCGUUAAAGCGUCAACUGCCAUUUCGCAGUGAUGAUGGAAUCUUCGAGGAGACUUUCAUUGAAGAACGACGCAAAGGACUUGAGCAAUUCUUAAACAAAGUAGCAGGUCAUCCAUUGGCGCAAAAUGAAAAAUCUUUACAUAUUUUUCUUCAAAUGGCUGAACUUGACAAGAAUUACAUUCCGGGUCGGAUUCGCACUGCUUGA